AGCUCUUAUUUAUAUUCUGCUGCUUUCGGCAAGAGCCACACAGAAUAUGAAGAAUGUGAAAGCUUCAGAAGUCAGCGCAUACAAACCUCACUCCAGAGUCCUGGGGGUCUGCUUCCGGACGGCACGCAGCGGAAGUGGAGCAGAGAUCCGCCCUGUAACAGUAACUGCAAGCUUGUUAUAGUGUUCGUGCGCGCUGCGAGUCUGCAGCAGCACACACCAUCAGCUCUGCGAAUAUCGAGCGAAACAUGCAGUGCAGUCGAGCACAUACGGAAGUGCACACCUCUUGUUGAAGUCAGCAGCAGUGAAGAGAGGAUUCAGCGUUUAGCUAUCAUGAGGAGAGCCAUCAGACAGUGGCAGUGUGAACCCAGCAGAAGGCUGUUUAUUCCUCUUGUGGGCUUGGUGUUGAUUUUGCUGGCUCUUUUGAAACUGCCUGCCUGUCACUUGGACCCGAAGCCUGUGGAGGUGCCAGUGGACCCCGUCUAUAGAAAGCAUGUCCAGUCCUAUGUCCGAGACAUACUGGCCCAAGAAUGCAAACCUUCUUUUGCCCGACAGAGGAUGGAGGCUGGACACUACAGCUCCACACCAGUGCUAGAGCCCUUCUUGGACAAGAACACUCAUCUGAAUGAACAAAUAUUCCAAUAUCCCUCACCGUUUGGUUUCCUGGAUAUGAAGAACAAGCUUCAGGAGAUCCUGGACAUCCUACCAGCCUCCUCUGAGGAGAGACGUGGAGGGAGGGACUGUCGUCGAUGUCUAGUGAUUGGAAAUGGAGGAAUACUGAAAGGACUAGGACUCGGACCUCUUUUUAACCAGUUUGAUACCAUCAUCAGAUUGAACAGUGGUCCUGUGCGAGGUUUCAGUGCAGAUGUUGGGAACCGCACCUCCAUCAGGAUGAGUUAUCCUGAGGGCUCCCCGAAGGUCUGGGAAGACAUGGAUUCAGAUCUUAGAUUUGUGGCUGUGAUCUAUAAGCCUGUCGACUUCCACUGGCUUCGUGCGAUGAUAACCAAGACGUCCGUUUCGCUGUGGGACUGGCUGUAUUUCUGGCAGAAUGUGCCGGUGAGUCUCCCGCUCAAGGCCUCCCAGUUCCGUCUGCUGAAUCCAGAGAUUAUUAGAGAGACUGCUUUGGAUCUGCUUCACUAUCCCAGUGUUAAGGACUGGGACAAGAAUGUCCCUACGUUAGGGGUGUCUGCGCUCAAUCUGGCAACGUACCUGUGUGACGAGGUGAGCUUAGCAGGCUUUGGCUACAACCUCAGCCAGAAGGACGCUCCUCUGCAUUACUACGACCACAAACUCAUGACAUCCAUGCUAAAGGAAGCCACGCAUGACGUCCAGACUGAGACAGCUUUCCUCAAGCGUCUGGUAACGUCUGGCAGUAUAACUGACCUCACGGGAGGAAUCCACUGCCGCUUCUGUUCAAGAUGACCGUCUUCUGUUGAGGGACAGACUCUCACAGUGGCACGUGUGAGGAAGACUUCAGGAAAGUGAGGGAAUAACUGAAAACAGUCACUGACGCACUGUGAAUGAAGUACUGCUGAGCAUUUUUGUUUAAAGCUAUGAUACUGAUGCUCUGGCUGUUCUGUUUUUAUCAUAUCAAAACAAAUAUCACAAAAAGAAUAAGGUUUUAGAUUCAACUUUUCAUUUUCAUUUUUACUGUCUUUUGUUUUAAAAAGCUAUUUUGCCAAAGUAAAAUAUUUUAUUUAAAGCAGUUUAGUGGGAAAUCAAUUUUUGUUUGUGAAUGUUUAUAUUAAUAAUUAUAAGAUUUUAGUUGUCUGAACAUGCAAAAUAAUUUAAUUUGUAAUUUUCAUUAUGCAUAUUUUUUUGUUGAUGUUAUCUGUAUUAUCUUUAUUUUGUGCAAUAACUGUACUUUUCAAAUAGACGGAGCCGUUGUUGUAGAAACCACACUGAACAGUCUGAAGAGAAACAACAUUCAUGUUUGCUGUAUACUUCACAUGAAGUCACAAAAUUGCAGCAAACUGUCUUCAAGACAAAUGUGUUUGGGUCAUUUUCAGUUUUUCUUGUCUUAAGUAAUGAAGAAAUAUUACUCCCUGAUACAACUGUAAGACGGUAUUGAGAUUUUCACACUUCAUUCUGCAGUACAACCAUUUUCACAAGCAGCUCUACAGAAAACCAUGUGUUGCCAUGUCUUUUAUAUUUAAGAUGAUGCGAGGCACAUUGUUAGCUUGUGCUUCAUCAGUUUUUUAAUGCUGUACAUACUAAUUAAUAAAAUAUUUUUUAAAGUCA